AUGGAGGAGGAAUCCCACUGCCCGCUCCGGUGGGAGAGCACGGGCGACCAGUGGUGGUACGCCACGCCGAUCGACUGGGCGGCCGCGAGCGGCCACUACGACGUCGUCAGGGAGCUGCUCCACCUGGACGCCAACCUCCUCAUCAAGCUCACCUCCCUCCGCCGCAUCCGCCGCCUCGAGUCCGUCUGGGACGACGACAUGCGCUUCGCCGACGCCGCCACCAACCGCGCCUCCGUCGCCCGCUGCCUGCUCCUCGACUGCGAGUCCCGCGCUCGGCCUGGGGGGAACCGCCUCAUCCGGGCCGGCUACGGCGGCUGGCUGCUCUACACGGCGGCCGCGGCCGGGGACGCGGGCUUCGUGCGGGAGCUCCUCGGGAGGCAGCCCUUGCUGGUGUUCGGCGAGGGGGAGUACGGCGUGACCGACGUCCUCUACGCCGCCGCCAGGAGCAGGCACCCGGAGGUGUUCCGGAUGCUGCUCAACGCCGUGCUGUCAUCGGCCGGAGAAGACGGAGCUGGGGGAGGUGCUCCUUCUGCUGCCACUCGUGGGGGAUACAUGUUCAGGCGCGAGAUGAUGAACCGGGCAAUGCACGCCGCGGCGAGGGGCGGCGACCUGGAGAUCCUCAGGGAGCUCCUGCAGGGUUGCUCCGAUGCCGCUGCGUACCAGGACGCGCAGGGCGCCACCAUCUUGCACGCUGCGGCUGCAAGGGGCCAAGUUGAGUGGGAAGCUAGUAUUUCAUCAUUUCUUUUGCUGCAGCAUCAGGUGGUGAAGUAUCUGAUUGUGGCCUUCGAUAUCGUCAACUCUGUAGAUGACCAAGGGAAUACAGCGUUGCAUAUAGCAGCAUUCCGAGGUCACUUACCGGUGGUCGAAGCCCUGAUGACUGCAUCACCAUCACUUGUAUCAGCUAGAAAUGAAGUUGGUGACACGUUCCUCCAUAUGGCACUGACUGGCUUCAGAACUCUUGGCUUCCGAAGGCUUGAUCGUCAGAUGGAGCUCACGAAGCAUCUGGUCGCUGGAUCAAUCAUGGAUGUCAGCGAUGUCAUCAACGUGCAAAACGACGAUGGAAGGACCGUUCUUCACCUGGCAGUGGUUGGUAAUCUGCACUCCAGCCUCGUUGAGCUCCUGAUGACCGUGCCGUCGAUCGACCUGAACGUCCGUGACAACAACGGCAUGACUCCACUGGAUUUACUGAGGAAGCAGCCGCAGACAGCAUCAUCCGAGAUACUCAUCAAGGAGCUGAUUCUGGCCGGCGGUAUCUCGAACUCGAGGGAUCACGAGACGAGGUCCGCCAUUGCUUCUCAGCUGAAGAUGCACCACAUUGUGGGCAGCCCGGGGACUUCUUUCAGGAUCUCGGAUGCUGAGAUUUUCCUCCAUGCGGGUAUUGAUGCGUCAGGCGUCAGUGAAAGAACGAGAACGAGAACGACCUCAUUCUCUAGUGUUGGCAAGAGUGCCGAACUUGGAACCCUGGGACCUGGUCUUAAGAGGCUGAAUUCCAUGCAGAGCGCGGCAAGACACCUCAAGGUCCUGCUCAGAUGGCCGCUUCGCAAGGGGAAGAAAUCAGUCGGCAGCCCCAAGGAAUCGGAUGACGAUGCCUCCUCGGUGGAUUCUGUCAAGAGCUGGAGCCAUGUGGAGACCACCCCGACACCGCUGAGGCAGAGGUACUCCAAGGUGAGCUCCCUGUUCGGCAACAAGCGAACCUUGGCAAGCCCAUCAAUGAAGAUGAGGUCUGCAGCUGACCACACACUGCCUGAAUCUCCUUCGGUUUCGGCCUCCUGGUCUUCGUCGUCGUUGAUCGACAAGAUCGAAGCAGUCCAUCUGGACAAAGACGAACCAUCACCCAAUGCCACUGCGUUGAUCAGGCACACACCAAAGAAAUAUGGAUCUCUGAACAGUAGACUUAUGAACCAGUACUUUGGCACUGCAGCGCAAUUGGGGGAUUCAACAUCGGGGCAGCGGUCGAGACGAUCGCUUCUAUCAGUAGUCUGA